CUCACCUCCGUUCAGGUGCAAAUAUAGUACCCGCUUAGAUGCGAUGUUUUCCUCAGUCUCACGGUGGCUGUGAACGCGCGCAGUGCAGAAUCGACACGAUACCUUUGAUCGGUCGUAUCCAUCGGAACGGACGAAUAAACCCUAAGCCAAAGUGUAACUGUUACCGGUACCAUAAACAUUAGUUAACCCAUGUGAUUGUGAUCGAUUGGAUGGUUCGCGAUCGUAAUCGAAUUUAAUUACGGAUCUGAUUAGCUGGUUAAUGGCCUUCCGCUGCUUGAGGGUGGGCUUGUGAAGGUUAAUCCAAUUUAUGAUCGAGUUCGAGAACAAAAACGAAAAGAGCAAUUGUCUUGGUGAUGAUGAGAACUGAUUGUGGACCGCGAUAGGAAGUGCUAAUUUGUUUGGAACACGUGGUGAAAGUGAUUGUAGUGGAACAUUGCUGUUACAGUGAGUGCCAUUCACAACAAUACGGAAUUGUACCUGAAAGUGGUGCGGUGAUUGGUGACGCAAAUAUCCAGCGUAGGACAGUGAAAGGAACGGUGGCUAAUGGCGUCCGACUCGGCACGAGGAAAAGCAAACAUGGAAGGUCGCGAGAAUAACGGAUUCGUUGGAGAUAGCCCCUCGAUACCGGGUCAGUUCCGAUGGAGUACGGUGAUCGAAAAUGAUGUUCCCGGUCACAGCGAUCGAAGGAACUCGCGGAGUGGGGAUUCGGUUGAAACACAAACGGUGACCAACAGUUCCACCACCUCACUAGAAAACAACGAUGACGAGGACGACAACAGCAAAGGACGUGAUCAAUGGGGCAAGGGAAUCGAGUUCCUCAUGUCCUGCAUAGCCAUGUCCGUGGGACUAGGAAACGUGUGGCGCUUCCCCUUCAUUGCUCUGGAAAAUGGAGGCGGUGCCUUCGUCAUACCUUACAUCAUAGUGCUUCUCUUGGUUGGUAAACCAGUAUACUACAUGGAAAUGAUCAUUGGUCAGUUCUCCAGCCGGGGCAGCGUCAAGGUGUACGAUUGUGCUCCUGCCAUGAGAGGCGUCGGCUACGGACAGGUCCUCUCGAUAGCGAUCGUUUCCACCUACUACGCCUCACUGAUGGCCACCACGCUGAAGUAUCUGUUUGAGUCGUUUCAAAAGAUCCUUCCGUGGGCUACCUGUGACGCGAGUUGGACCGGUCACUGUAUCCCUUCGGGAAACAGCACCCUUCAGAGGCCCAUGAACGGCUCGAUAGUUUCCAACUCGACCAUAGUUCAGAUGAGUUCUUCGGCCGAAUUGUAUUAUAAACGAGUAGUUCUCAAGGAAAUCGACAAUAUUGACGACGGGAUCGGCCUCCCGGAUUGGCAGCUAACACUGUUCCUAUGCCUGUCCUGGUCCAUCGUUCUUCUCAUUCUCAUCAAAGGCGUGCGAAGUGCCGGCAAGGUGUCCUACUUCCUGGCCCUGUUUCCGUAUGUCGUCAUCACAAUCUUGUUGGUUCGGGCCUGCACUCUACCUGGUGCCAUCAACGGUAUCAUCUACUUCCUCAAGCCGCAGUGGGACAAAAUUCUCGACCCGAAGGUAUGGUACGCCGCCGUUACCCAGUGUUUCUUCUCACUGUCGAUCUGCUUCGGCAACAUCAUCAUGUACUCGUCGUACAACAAGUUCCGGCACAACGUCCACCGGGAUGCUACCAUCGUGACGACAAUCGAUACCUUCACUUCGCUGCUGGCAGGAUGUACGAUUUUCGGAAUUUUGGGACACUUGGCGCACGUCGUGGGCAGCAAGGAUGUUGGUUCGGUAGUGAAACCAGGGGCUGGAUUGGCGUUCAUAUCAUAUCCGGAAGCUAUUGCAAAAUUCGACGUCAUUCCGCAGGCGUUCUCAGUGUUGUUCUUUCUGAUGUUGUUCGUGCUGGGGAUUGGAAGUAACGUGGCGAUGACUUCGUGCGUGAUGACCGUAAUUCGGGAUCAGUUUCCGAAGGUGAAAAACUGGCAGGCGGCUACGGUGAUCGCCAUUUGUGGGGUAGCGCUCGGGAGUGUUUACGUGACUCCAGGUGGUCAGUAUAUUCUGACGCUGGUGGAUCACUUUGGGGCGUCAUUCAUUGCACUGGUCCUGGCCAUCGCGGAGUUGAUUACUAUCGGGUGGAUCUACGGCGUGGAUAGGUUCUGCAAGGAUGUGGAAUUCAUGCUUGGCAUCCGGCCGAAUUUGUACUGGCGGCUGUGCUGGAAGUGGAUCACGCCACUGUUGAUGUCGGUUAUAUUGGUGUACAAUCUGGUGACGUUGGAACCGUUGACCUAUCAGGGUUAUGUCUAUCCAACGAUCGCUUACGACUUUGGAUGGAGUAUAGCUGCAUUUGGAUUGCUUCAGCUACCGAUCUGGGGAAUCUACGCCAUUGUGAAACAGGAUGGAAAGAACUUGACGGAGAAAAUCAUGAACGCCUUCCGACCGUCGAAGAACUGGGGACCGAUCGAUGCCAACCUCAAUCAGGAGUACAAAAAGUUUAUCAACGAAGACUGAUGAAAAAGAAGAAAAACAACGGUGAAAUGUGACGCUGGGUGCUGCCAAUAGAAAGCUUCUAAUCGGAAUAUAUGUGUCCAAGAUGUGGAACCAAUCUCGAUUAGGCUACAAUUUUACCCAUGUGCUAAGCUAAAGUAUUACGUUCAAUGAUUUGUGAUAUGCGUUUGAAACAACCUUGUAUUAUAUUGUAGUUUAAUUUAUUUUACUUUUACGAUUCAAACAAUAAAAACACAAAUUCCUUAUCACAUAA